AUCAGUGUAUAUGUGUGUAUAUUUUAUUUUAAAUUUUUAAUGCAAAUAAUGUUUCCUAUGGUUGAAAUGACGGGUGCAGUGAAUACAGCUGCAUUACUUUUACAAAUGAGGCAAAAUUUAGAAAUUUUAAAUUUAGAUGUAAAUAAUAUUAAACCAAAGUCAAUUUUAACUUUGCCAGAAGUUGAAGCUCAAGUACUUAAAAAGAACAUUAUUGAAACACCAAAGAAAAAUGAAAAUUUAAUCGACGUUUAUGAUGAUAGCUUUGAUGAUUUUAAUAAAACUGACGAUCCGUUUGUACAACAAUCGAAUCUUGAAUCAUUGAGAUUGAAGCCAAGAGACAGUGAUGCAAAAUUUCGGGCAUAUAAAUCAGCUACAGAAUCAUCCUGUGAUAAUGAAUCAUCUUCAGAAUCUGCUAGAUGCUGUUCGUCACCUUAUAGGAGAAAAAUGAAAAAAGUGAAGAAAUUACCACCCAUUGGAGUAUUUUGGGAUAUUGAAAAUUGUCAGGUACCAAGAGGACGAAGUGCAGCUGGUGUUGUGCAACAAAUCAGGGAAUUAUUUUUUAAUGGUUAUCGUGAAGCAGAAUUUUUAGUUGUUUGUGAUGUUAAAAAAGAAAAUGGUACUAUUUUACAAGAAUUAAACGAUGCACAAGUCAAUUUAAUACAUGUUGCAUCAACAUGUAAAAAUGCAGCUGAUGAAAAAUUACGUCAGGCUAUAAGACGAUUUGCUGAUAUACAUAAAUUUCCUUCAGCAAUUAUCCUUAUAUCUAGCGAUAUUAAUUUUGCACCUGAAUUAUCUGAUUUACGACAUCGUAAGCGUAUUCAUAUUAUAUUAUUACAUAAUCAAAGUGUGUCGGAGGCAUUAAUUCUAUGUGCAAAUGAACAUUAUCUAUUUCAAAAUAUUUCUGAACAAGCACCUUUACGAAGUAAGGUAAUUACACCGAAACAAGAAAUGGUUGAAUUGAUAAUAUGGAAUUUACCGAAAGGCUAUGAUAUUCAACGUUUAAAAGCACGUCUAAAACAACUUUCUGACAAUUGCGGUGGCAAAGUUGUGUAUCUAAACUCAGAAAAAGGAACAGCUAAUGUUGUUUUUAAAUCAUUAAAUGUUGGUAUUCGAGCCCAAAAACGUAUGGAUGGAGAAGAUGUAUAUGGACAUCGUAUUACUGUGAGUUAUCCAAGACCAUGUAGUUGGGAGAAGCCACAAUCGCCAUUUAAACAAAAUAUAGGUACAAAAACAACAUAUCGUACUGAAGUUCCUAAUUAUCAACAACCAAUUCUACCCUCGAACUGGAAUAGCACUCAAACAGGAAUAGGAAUAUCAGAAAUGACUUUACCAACUACAAAUAUAUCACCAUUAAAUGGUUUUUAUUCUUCAGCCGAUAUUCAAAAAAUUGAAAAGGGAAAUAUGUUGUAUGGUCGUGGUUUUGAACAAAAUUUGAUGGAUCAAUUUAAAAAUCAAAAUAUGAUGGAAGAUGAAUUUGUUCCAAAAGGUUUUCGGCGUAUCAGAGGUACACAUGGGAAUUCAAUAUUAAAAGAUUCUACAGUAUCAGAGCCAACAAUAAAUAAUCGCAUACGUUCAAAUCGAAUUGAUAACAAUUCAUCCUUUCACGAUCCUACUACGUACAAUAAUAAGCCAAAUUUUGUUCCACGCGAUUGUAUAACUUUUAAUAAUUUUCAAACAGGACUUCCAUUACAAAAUAAUACAUUUGAACAUUCAUUUCAACCGAUUCGAAAUUAUCCAAAUAAUGAAGAAGUUGUCGAAACAAAUAAUGCUUUAACUCGAAAUAAUAAUUUACAACAAAAUGUUGAAUUAAUUGUCACAAAUAUUGAUUCAAGUAUUGAACCGCGACAAAUGCGUCGCAUACUUUCAUCGUUAUUUCGAAAACAUGCACAAGUUUUAAAUACUACACUUUUUAGACAACUUGAUGGUAGUGUUGCUGCAGCUGUUAAAGUUGCUUCACAUAUGGAUGCACAAGUAGCAAUUUCUCAACUUCAUCGUUAUCGCAUUGGCCAUAAACGUAUUACCAUUGCUUAUGCAAAUUCUGAUGGAACCAAUCCACAACAAUUACGAGCACAAAUUAUUAGCUUACUUCAGGAUGUACCUGGUAAAAAAUUACCAAUAUUUAAAUUUCGUGAAUUAUUUGAAACACGUUAUUUAACAUCGAUUAGUAUGCCUGAAUUAUAUCGAUUACGUGAUAUUUGUUCAAUAAUCGAUGAUCCAAGUGGCAGAAUGAUUGCGUUGAAUAAUGAUUCUGUAUCGAGUUCCUCAUCACCCGAUUCAAACUUACAUGAAUUAAUUUAUUGUUUGAAACAUAAUAAUCCAGAUAAAUCGAAAGGAUGGGCAGAAAUGGAAAUAUCUGAAUUACCAAAUAUUCGUAUUGGUUUGAAAUUAUUUAGCGGUAAAUUACAUAUAUUGUUACAAUCACAUAAAGGAAUUUUACCAUUACAAAGUUUCCAAGCAUGUUACGAAGCAGUUAUACGCGAACCAUUACCAAUCGAUCAUACCGGUGUUCCUUUGGAACAUUUGGUUACAUGCGUCGCUGGUGUAGAUCUACAACAAGGACCGGCUAAACAAAUAAUUUGGUCAGCACAAACAUCACCUGAAGAUGUAACAGAAGAUGGUAGUUCGUAUUCGGGAUUAUGCGGGUCACAAUCACCAAAUACACCUCUAGCAACACAAUUGGCAUUAUUUUCACGAGAGCUUGUUGAUUUAUUACGAACAACACCAAAUUGUCGAGUAUCAUUUAAUAAAUUUAUACCAGCAUAUCAUCAUCAUUUUGGUCGACAAUGUCGUGUAGCAGACUAUGGAUUUACGAAAUUAGCUGAAUUAUUCGAAUCGAUGCCACAUGUUGUUCAAAUACUUGGAGAAGGUAAUAAACGUAUGAUAACAUUAUCACAUAGAACACAGAUACGUCGUUUUACCGGUGAUUUAGUGCGGAUAUUAAAAGGAUCAGCAUCUAGACAGAUUAACAUAAGCGAAUUUGCAGCAGCUGCUGAAAAAACUCUUGGUAAAGUUUGGGAUCCUGUACAUUAUGGUGUUUGUGAUCUAGAUGAUUUAUUAUCUGCAAUACCUGAACAUAUCGUUGAUAUAACUCCAUUAACAGAAAAUGAUGCUAUUAUUGCUCUACCAAAACGUGUACAAACAUCUGAAGAAAUAAAACGAACACAACAAUUCGCAAUUCAGGUUAUCGAAUUAUUACGCCAUGAACCACAGUGUGCAAUGCAUUUCAGUAAAUUUGUUCCAGCUUAUCAUCAUUAUUUUAAUCAACAAUGUCGAGUAGCAGAUUAUGGUUUUGUCAAACUUAUUGAAUUGUUUGAAGCUAUUCCAGAAAUAGUUCAGAUUGAAGAAAAACCAGGUGAAGAACGAAUAAUUCGUUUAACCACAAAAGAAGCGUUAAGAAUAUUAUCGAAUCAAAUCUUUCAAUUAAUUGUCAAUAGUUCAAUGAAAGGUCAAAAUGGUAUCCCAAUGUCUGAUAUUCCAACACAUUUUCUGCGAGAAUAUGGAUAUACAUUACGACCCGAUGGAUAUAAUUGUAAAUCGAUUCGCGAAUUAUUAGAUAAAAUCGAUGAUUCUGUAAUGAUUGUUGAUAAUAUGUUAAUGUUAGUUGAUCGAUCAGUUUUCCGUACGUUAGGUCUUCGAUUAUGGAGAAUUUUAAUGCAAUUACCAAAUUAUUGUUUAACUUCAACAAAUUUAUUACAAAAUUAUCGUUCAACGUAUAAUCAGCAUUAUGAAUUGAAUCAACUCAAACAAAUUUCAUCGGUUGUGAAGAUUACAAGCAAAAAUAAUGAAACAUUUGUUGGACUAACACCAUUAUACAUAUUUGCAGCAAGAGCAUACACCAUUUUAUAUGAAAAUAAUACAAAUAAUAUGAAUUUGACAAUAUUUCAAAAUUUAUACAAACAACGUUAUGGUAUUUUAAAUCCUGAAGAUGCUAAUUGUCCAACUAUUACGGCCUUAAUCAAUUCAUUACCCGAUAUUUUAUUAUUAUCGUCACGUAAUCGACUCAAACAAACGCUUUCAAUUAAUUCACAACUUGAAAAUGUUGGAGUACCCUUACCAGAAAGUGUCGAUAGUAUGAAAGUUGAAAAAGUUGCUGAUGAAAAACUUUCAACAUGGAGUUAUUCAGAAAUUAAUCAACAUAAUCAAAAUAGUAAUUUGGAAUCAACCGUCCAAGAAAUGUUAUGGCCUACAAAAAUGUAUUCAACAGCACGUUCCUAUUCACCUCCUAAGCCAGAUACACCACCAUCAAACGGUGCUACGAACUGGAAUGAAAUGUGGGGCAGUCCGUCCGCUGCGAAUUAUAAUUUAUCGAUACCGAUGCCUAUUUCCGAAGUGAACAAUUUACCAGAUAGUCCAAUGUCAUUAAUAUCACCAGCACGAUUUUUACUCCCUGCUUAUAUGAAUUCAUAUGGAGAACAAUCAAUUUUAAUGUCACCUCCAGCUAGUGCUUUGCCACAACCUAAUUUGUUGGAUACAGAAACAGAAUCAUGCGACUCAAAAAGUGAAUCAAAUAAUCAAAAAUCACCAACCACGCCAAACCGUUGUAGACGUAAAUUACGUGUCGCUGCACAAUUUAAAUCACCAAUCAGUCUGUAAGAAUCAUUUUAUUAUAUAAAACAAUUUAUAAAAUGUUGCUAUUUACUUUUUGAGACUGAUUUUAACAACAAAAAUUUAUUAUCAAAGUAAGAGUACCUGAUCGCAAUUAAUAAAUAAUAAGA